AACACAUCAAAUUUGAGACUGCAGCAACAAAACAAUAAGUUAACCAACAACUUUUUACUGCUAAAAAUUUCAAAACAAAUUUCUUAUCAUAACACUAGAGAGUACAUUAUUCUAAAUCGCUCUAUAACACGUACACCACUCAACAGAUAGUGGGAUAGGGCAUACAUUUUUACUGCGCUUAUAAAAUUUUGUCAAUAUCACAUUAAAAUUAUCAUAUUUACAUUACAUUAUUUAUUCGACUCUUAAUUUUUGCAAGAAUUUCUGCAAAAAAUGGUUGAGGUGUCCACAGUCAGGGAAAUUCUGCGGAAAAUAUUUAUGCAUGCCGUCAAAGCAGCUUCUCCGCAGAAACUUAUUCAGCAGGCUGUGCAUCGCCACUUGAACUACCUCACUGUCCAGGACAGGCAGUAUGUCUUGAAAAACAAUGUUUACUUGGUGGGAUUCGGAAAAGCUGUCCUUCAAAUGGCGGCAGCCACCGUUCCCAUCCUGAGUGACCAUUUUCAAAGAGGAGUCCUUAGUGUUCCCAUAGGCAGCAAUCCUGAAUUAAUUCAGCAACUUCGAGGCCAGAACUUGGACGUGAGAGAAGGUGCUGAGAAUAAUUUGCCAGAUGCUGCCGCGCAAGAAACAGCUCUAAAAAUUAAAAACCUAGUCACUCAGCUAAAACCCGAAGACCUGUUGAUUGUCCUAGUGUCUGGUGGUGGUUCUGCCCUUUUGCCUCUGCCGAAGGAAGACGUGACUUUGGAGGAUAAGCUCGACACUAUCAGAAAAUUAACGCAGGCUGGUGCCACCAUCAGUGAAUUAAACGUUGUCAGGACAAACUUAUCGGCACUGAAAGGUGGAAGACUGGCAGCUCUUUCCGGCUCUAAUAAUGUGUUGUCCCUUAUUCUUUCCGACAUUAUCGGAGACCCUGUUCACCUGAUUGCCAGCGGACCAACUGUCCCACCCCUUCCAUGCAGUGCCCUUGAGGUUGUGUCGAAGUAUGGGCUACUGGACACCCUAUCUGAGAAAAUCCUGAAGUGCAUCAAAGAGGAGGACAAGCUUAUUUUUUCUAUUGACAAAAAAAUCCACAAUUUAGUAAUCGGAAACAACUUGAAGGCACUUGAAGCAGCUGCUAGCAAGGCUGAGGAAUUGGGAUUUGCAUCUGUGAUUUUGACGGACAGUUUAUCCGGAGAAGUGAGAAAAAUUUGCUCUUUCUAUGAGCAGUUGUGCCAAGUUUGGUCUGUUCUGACCGACGUAGACAAACUUUUAAAUUCGAGUCAAUUUCCUUCUUUUCACGUCAAUUGCGACAGCAUAGAAGAUGCUCGAUGUAUGAUUUAUAUUAGUGGGGGUGAACCAACUGUAAGUUUGCACGGGAAAGGCAAAGGUGGACGAAAUCAGGAAUUGGCUCUGCGAGUUGCCAAAAUUCUUCCAAUGGGCUGUGUUUUUCUCAGUGCUGGAACGGAUGGAAUUGAUGGUCCUACAGAUGUGGCAGGAGCCGUCUGCGAUCCGUCAAGUGUUCUACCCAGCCUAGAUUCCUAUCUUGAAAUUAAUGAUUCACACUCUUACCUUGAAUUAAAACUGGAGAAACGCGAUUUUAUAUUUACUGGUCACACUGGUACAAAUGUUAUGGAUAUCCACCUUCUUUUUGUACAGAAAUGAAGCUUUCGGAAGCUUUUGCUUCUUUAAUUUUUGUAAAAUAAUAUUAUAUUAUUGAGAUUGAAAUACAUUGAGGAAUUAUGACUAUAAAUUAUUUACAAUGGUGGUUCCGAUUAAGUCAUUUUUAUAUGGGGGUAAAUAAAAUAAUGUUAACAUAUAUUUGUAGAUUUUUUUCUAUAAAAUGAUAUUGGAAGUGAAAAAAGCAAGCUUUGUCCUAAAUAAUUAAAAAAAAUUUUAAACC